AAUAUAUUUUUACAUAUAAAUAUCUCCAUUUCUCUUCCUUCAAACUCAUCACUCUCAAUUUCAAAACACAUCAAACAACAAAACAACUCUGUUCUACCUCAAGCUCAAAAAAAAUAUCCUUUCUGCAUCACCAUUUCUAAUUCUUCAUCUCUAAGAAGAAAAAUGAAGAUGUCUGCCGUAUUCGCAAUUUUCAUGGUCAUGGGUUUAUUAUCAACCUCAUCAAGAGCUCAAGCUCCGGCAGCAACACCAACUGUUGCCCCUGUUCCUAUCGCCUCACCACCAACUGUUGCUGCACCUGUACCAGCAGUUUCAGCUGUUGCACCAUCUAUAGCCCCAGUUGUAGCACCAUCAGUUGCACCGGUAGUAGCACCAGUUACAGCACCAACUGCAUCGCCAACAUCAGCUCCUACUCCAUCAUCAGCAGCUCCAACACCUGCCAGUACUACUCCUGCUGCUUCUCCCGGUACCGCCCCUGCUUCACCUCCAGGUGCUGAUGCACCAUCAUCAAGUGCACACAGAUUUGUUGCUAUCGGAUCUGCUUUUGUUGGUGCCUUUGUUGCUUCUGUUUUCUUAUUCUAAGCCCAAGAUUAUUGAGCAAUGGAUAGCCGUCAGAAUUCUAUCUACGGUUCGGUUGAACGGCGUGAUUUGAGCUCAUCAUUCUUUUUUCAUUUUCGUGUGUAUUUCCAUUUUUGUUACUAUCUUUUGAUUUAUUAUUCUUUGUUUGGGACCAUCACUGUUACGGUGAUAGGACGGUGGGGAUGGAUGAUUCGUUGUACAUUGGGAUACUACUUUUGAAUAGAAAAUGAUUCUUGUUGAUUGAUGGUUGUUAUAAA